CUUGUUACGUCUGGGGCAGUGACAUGCAGUGUUGCAGUGCGUCAAUGAUGAUAUUUAUUUCGACAUGUUUUUCCCAGCAGGAGAGCGUUAGCGAGAGCUCGAAACGAGGCAGAACUGAGCACCUGCGAUCUGUCUGAUGGAGCCUUCUCAUUCAGAUAUGCCGCGCCCUGGAGGAGAGAAGUCCUACGUGUGUGAUGUGUGUGGAUACGCCAGCUCCAAGUUACGUUAUCUCAAGAAACAUAUGCGCUCUCACACAGCAGAGAAGCCAUAUGCAUGUGAUAGAUGUGAAUAUAAGUGUUCUACGUCUGAUAUGCUUAAGACACACAUGUACACUCACACGGGUGGAAAGCCAUAUGCGUGCGAUAGUUGUGAAUACAGGUGUACGACCUCCACUCAUCUCAAGACACACAUGCGCAGUCACACGGGAGAAAAGCCGUAUGCGUGCGAUAUAUGUGAACACAGAUAUACUACCCUCGGUUAUCUCAAGAUACACAUGCGCACUCACACGGGAGAAAAGCCGUACGUGUGUGAUAUAUGUGAACAGAGAUAUAAGACCCUCAAUAUUCUCAAGGUACACAUGCGCACUCACACGGAAGAGAGGGCCGAGAGGCUGUAUGUGUGCGAUAUAUGUGAACACAGACAUACGAGUCUUGAUAAUCUCAAGGUACACAUGCGCACUCACACGGGAGAGAAACCGUCUGCAAUCUGUCUGAUGGAGUCUUCUCAUUCAGAUAUGCCACGCCCUGGAGGAGAGAAGUCCUACGUGUGUGGUGUGUGUGGAUACGCCGGCUCCAAGUUACGUUAUCUCAAGAGACAUAUGCGCACUCACACAGCAGAGAAGCCAUAUGCAUGUGAGAGAUGUGAAUAUAAGUGUUCUACGUCUGAUAUGCUUAAGACACACGUCUACACUCACACGGGUGAAAAGCCAUAUGCGUGCGACAUAUGUGAAUACAGGUGUAGGACCUCCAGUAAUCUCAAGAAUCACACGCGCACUCACACGGGAGAGAAGCCGUAUGCAUGCGAUAUAUGUGAACACAGGUGUACGACCUCCAGUGUUCUCAAGAGACACAUGCGCACUCACACGGGAGAGAAGCCAUUUAUGUGCGAUAGUUGUGAAUACAGGUGUUCUAGGUAUGGUACGCUUAAGAUACACAUGCGCACUCACACAGGAGAGAAGCCAUUUAUGUGCGAUAGGUGUGAAUACAGGUGUUCUAGGUAUGGUACGCUUAAGAUACNUUUUUAUAUUCUGGUGGUUGAACACAUGAGGAAGAUGCCUGACCUGAAGUCUAUCAUACUGUGCGGCAUCGAGACGCACGUCUGCGUUCAGAACACGACUCUCGACCUGCUGGAGCACGGCUACGACGUGCACGUCGUCGCCGAUGCCUGCUCCUCGCGCAGCAUGGCCGACCGCAUGUUCGCACUGCAGCGGUCGAAUGUGCUGGUGCUGGAGCUGAAGUCGGAGGCACUGAAGGAGCGACACUGGAAGAGCCUGAUGAAGCAGCUGCGAGUGAGCUGGGUGCUGUCCGAGCUGUCGCUAGGCAACGUGUGGGACGUAGACCUGCAGAAGAACGAGCCGAUCAUUCGCGACGUGAUCCUCGUCGCACAGGGCGAGAUGGCGCUCGAGGAGUUCCUAAAACAGGUGCGUGAAGCCUGGCAGACAUAUGAGUUGGACCUGAUCAACUACCAGAACAAAUGCAGGCUGAUCCGUGGCUGGGACGAUCUAUUCACCAAGGUGAAGGAGCACAUCAACAGCGUGGCAGCCAUGAAGCUUUCUCCAUACUACAAGGAGUUUGAGGAGGAUGCGUUGGCAUGGGAGGAGAAGCUGAAUCGCAUCAAUGCAUUGUUUGAUGUCUGGAUCGACGUGCAGAGACGUUGGGUCUAUCUAGAGGGCAUCUUCUCCGGCAGCGCUGACAUCAAACAUCUGCUGCCUGUUGAGACAUCGCGCUUCUCAAG